CAGUCAUGUCAAAGUCAAUAUUAAGAAGAUAAAUUCUCGCAAGUAAAUCUAUUUCAAAGCAGCUGGUAAACGUUUUUUUUAAAAAAUGCGGAGAAAAUCAAAUGUAUUCAUAAUAUAAUAUUUCUUCUGCUAAUUUGAGAAGAAAACGAGCAGUAGAAUAAGAAAAUGGGCAAAGACAAUCGAUCGAAGAAUAAAGAUGCCAUCAAAUCAAUAUUUAAGAAGUCCAUCAAUAAUACACUGAAAGGAUCUCGUACAUUUACGCCUUGCAAUUUACAAAUAGCAAAAAGUAACAUCCUUCUACUAAAGAAUAAAAGUUCAUAUCACAAUGUAUUAAAAAACACUGAUAAAACAAUGAAAGACCAUUGUAUGGAGACAGACUUUUGUGUACUGAGAAGGUAUUACAAAGCAAAGAAAAACAGAAUCAACAAAAAGGAUACAUUAAAUUCAAGAUCUAAAUAUUCAGUUAAUAAGGAACCUAUUUUAGGUUUUGAGAAAUCUAAAACAGAUUGCAGCGCUUGUGGAGAUAGUAAACAGCCUAUAACCAUCAAUGAUAUUGAAGAUUUUAACGCAAAUCUAACAAACCUAGUCAUUAACAACCUAAACAAAUUACUAAGAGAUUGGAUAAAGAAUUAUUUGUUUAACAACGACGAUACUAAAAAGAAAAUACAAAUUAUACUAGAUUCUAUGCUUAAUAAACUAGAAGGAAAGAAUAAUUAUGUCUCCUCUUGUUCAACAUAUACAGUUGAUAUACGAAUAAAAGAAUCGAAUUCGAAAACAAAUUCAGAUUCAAAUUUAGAGACUUCACAAAGUUUAAAAAUUGAUUGUUCAUCAAGAGGAGGUGAAAUAGACAUACCUAAGUCGAAAACAUUUUCAAGUAUAACCGUACCAAUGGCGAUAAGGCAUUUCUCCAUCAUUUCAACAUUGAGUGUACCAAGAUAUUUUCACACUUGUCAUCAAAAAAUGAAUAAAAAGAAGUGUCGUUCACGUACCAAAGUAAAGAGAUGCUACAAAAAAAAUAUCAUGCUAACAUUAAGCAGGUCUAAUGGAAUAUUAUCUAACUCAUCGAGUAUCGAUUUUUUAGAGAUAUCAACGAAAUCUUUGACAAAACAUUUUGCGGCUUAUAGAGACAAGAACAUGAUUAAGAGAAGCGGAAAGAAACGAAGAAUAGUUUUCAUUCCAAGUUCUUAUUACAAAUUUCCUUCUACAUCAGUAACUAAUAUUAACGAAGAAUCUUUAGAUAGAAAAUUGAGACCAGAUGAAAGAAGACAACCCUUAGAUACACUCCCCAGUUUGGUUAAAACUAUCUUUACCGAUGAUUUAUGCACCAGCACUGAUGAAAGUGUGGAGAAAAAGGAUAUCAGUAUAGUAACUGAUGAAGUUAUUUCCAAGAAAGAAGAAAGAAAAGCGAAACAAGUACGUGAAAAUUCAACUAAUAUGUCUCCAUGUAAAACAUCUAACGCUGCCUCGGGUAACGAACCUUCCCGACCACAAUCUCCACAGACUAAAGCAAAACCUCCACUUAAACGUCUUACGAUUUCUGACAAUAACACUUCGAUAGUAAACGUCAAAUCAGACGAACGAGCUAAAGUAGUGAAAUCAUUCAGUUGCAAAGCAUGUUUUAAUGGCAAAUUGGAAGACGAUAACAAAGGUCCAGCUCUACUAACGAUUGAUUUUGUAAAUGCAGAUAAAUGUAAUACAUGUCGCAAAGAUUUAGUUGAAACAGCGUCAGUUAUCCGUCGGAUAAAUUCUCUGAGGAAAAUUUUUGGCAAAAAAAAUUGUUGUAAGAAAAAACUGCAAGCCGAAAGUUGUGUGGAUUUUGAUAAGAUUAAACAUAAGCGUUUUUGUUACGUUCACAAGAAAUCAAAUACUAAAUUAGGUAAAUGUGAAUUUGUUAAUCAUCUACAAAGUUUGUUUCACUAUUUUGCCACUUACAAAGGUAAAAGAAAUAUCAAAUUAGACAUUUGUAUUAAUGUUUUUCCUACCUUAGAAGGUGGGUCGUGUCCCCCUAUGAGCCCAGAAAUUAAUAAAUCUUGUCAAAAAUGUACUACAGAUACAGAAAAUUCAAGUAUUACAUCUUGUGGAUCGAAACCUUCCUUGUUUAAAUGUAAUUCCAGCGCUAAAAUUACACAUUGCUGCAAUUGUGCUCCCAAACCAAUAUCAAUUUUUAGCGACAAAAAGACAAUAGAAAAGAUGGAAACCGGAAGUUCUUAUUUUAAAAGGUCUUACGAUACUAAAAAAGACAUUAAUAGCAAAGUAACUACGACAGCCGAUUUAGAAAUAGCACAAGAAGUUUACCAACUCAGAAAUAUUAUAAAAGAUUUAGCAGUAACAGCUGAGAAAUUUGUAAACGAACAUCUCAAGACAACAAAUUUAAAAACGGAAAAUAAAAAAUCUAACCUCGAUCAGACGAUAUUAUUCAGUACCAACAUGGACAGCGUUCAAACGACAUCUAAAGAAGAGAUAAUAAAACCAAAAGAAGUAUAUCGUCAUCCUUCUAAAGAAACUCAAAUAACUAACAAUCCAUCGUGCCAAAAUCUUCCUGUUAUCAAAGUUAAAAAGGAUAUCAAGAAAAACAUCCGUGACUUCCAAGCUCGUUUAAUGAAAAAAAGUACUUCAUAUAAUAUUAUAGACAGUGAAACUAUUCUUAAAGUAACUGAUAUGACAUCAGCAGCACAAGCUAUUCAUCUAAAUUCCGUCACCGAUGAAGCUCUAACAUGCUCUUUGCCCAAAUGUAAAUCUCUGUACGAUAUAUCAGUUGAUUCUAACAAGAAUAAAUUAGUAGCGUUCUAUUGCGAAGAAUUGAUUACGAAACUUGAUAAUGAAGUGCAUAAAUCUCCUUCACGAGGUCUCACACCAGAUAAAAAUAAAUCCUCUGUUAAUAUUAGUGACGAUAAACAGAAAAGUAUAAAUAAAGAAGUCGAUUGUACGAAAUGUUUACCGAAUGUUGACAAUGAUACAAAUAGUUAUUCUUGUUCGUCUGUUUUUAUUAAUGUCAAUGAUAAAUCGACAGAGAACAAAAUUAAAAUUCGUACUCGAAGAUCAAUUGGUUUUAAAGAAGGUUCAUUAUACUGCUUAUUGCUAUGGAUUCCAGUUAUUGUUAUUAUGUGGUUAUUGUACACUUAUAUUAUCAAAGAUAAACUAAAACCUAGAUUGUUUUCUUUCGAUAGGUUGUCGAGAUCUUUAGAUUUCGGAAAAAACGGAUCACGUCUUAGUAUAACUUUGUCUGAUUUAGGAUUUUAGUUGUAAUGUUUGUAUUGGUUUUAAAUAAAAAUGUU